CGAUAGUAUCGGCAAUGUUGAAUCGUCGCCCUUGUGCUCGGACGUGUUUUGAUAUUGUAGCGCAACCGUAUAGUGAGGCAGUGCCUAUUAGUUCUUAUAUUAUUUAGUGACAAUGUCAAAACAUCUAUUUGCCAAAAGCAGACUACUUCUGCCGCACUCCGCCAUUCGAUGGACCUCUACACUGAACUCCGAGCCGAGGUCAGGAAUACCAAACCAAGGGCAGAGUAAGAUGCCGAAGUGUGAGCACACACCAAAGGCCUAUGCCGGACCCAGCUAUGAACGGAUCCUUGAGACAAGACGCACCCAUCUGACUCCCAAUCUGUUAGCGCACUUCAAGAAACCCCUGGUGAUCCACGCGGGACACAUGCAGUGGCUGUUCGAUCACGAGGGACGUCGAUACUUAGACAUGUUCGGCGGGAUAGUCACCGUCUCUGUGGGACAUUGCCACCCGAAAGUUAAUGAAGCACUGAGCGAGCAAAGUUCCAAGCUGUGGCAUACCACUAAUAUUUAUAUGCACCCCAAGAUUCAUGAGUACGCGGAACGAUUAGUAGCAAAGUUUCCGGGUAAUCUGAAGAGCGUCUGCUUCGUGAACUCCGGCUCAGAGGCAAAUGACAUGGCCAUGCUCUUAGCGCGAAUGCACACAGGGAACCAAGAUAUUUUAUCAUUCCGUAACGCUUAUCACGGAAUGUCGCCGUACACGAUGGGUCUGACCGCGCACUCCACUUGGCGUUUUCCCCUUCCCGGUGUUAACAACGGGUUAAUACACGUAAUGAAUCCGGACCCGUACCAGGGUAUAUGGGGGGGCUCAGCCUGCAGAGACUCACCCGUGCAAACAAAGCGUGAGUGUCAGUGCCAGGACUACUGCCAAGCCGGAGAUGCAUACUACACCCAGCUGGAGGAGACGUUUAAGUUCUCGCUACCACGCGGAAAAGUAGCAGCCAUGUUUGCUGAGUCGAUUCAAGGCGUGGGUGGGACAGUUCAAUUCCCCAAAGGCUAUCUGAAGCGUGCAGCUGCCCUUGUAAAGUCCAACGGAGGUCUUUUCGUGGCGGAUGAAGUUCAGACCGGGUUUGGACGCACGGGGGAGCACUUUUGGGGCUUUGAGAGUCACGACUAUCUGCCAGACAUCGUGACAAUGGCUAAAGGCAUAGGUAAUGGAUUCCCUCUGGCAGCAGUGGUCACCACGCCUGAGAUAGCAGCAUCACUGGGCGAGGCUCUACAUUUCAACACAUAUGGUGGCAGUCCCUUAGCUAGUGCGGUUGGACUUGCGGUGCUAGAUGUCAUUGAGGAGGAUGGACUUCAACGCAACUCGUUGGAUGUGGGCACCUACUUCCUGAAGGGCCUAGCCGAGUUGCAGCAACGAUUUGAAAUUAUAGGUGACGUUCGUGGCAAGGGACUCAUGAUCGGCGUGGAACUGGUCAGUGAUCAUGUGAAACGGACGCCGCUGUCUUCCCCGCAUGUUCUGGAUAUCUGGGAGACGUGCAAAGAUCUGGGAGUGUUGUUCGGACGUGGAGGGCUACACGGAAAUGUACUGAGCUGCAGGCCACCGCUUUGCUUGACUAACGAUAAUAUUGACUUCAGCCUGGACGUUCUGAGCACUGCCCUUAUAAAGCAUAUUAACAAAAGACCGAGAAGCUGGAGAUAUGGCCAGAAGGCAAGCUAGCCAAUUUUUCAUUCAAACUUUGGUGUAUGACGCGCAAUUAGUGUUCUUAGCAACCUCAAAAAAGAAUUCCUUAAUAAUAAAACUUUGAUUCGAAUAUGUAACUUAGCAGAUAAAAACAGUCGAAUACAUAUAAAAUGUUGUGGAUAGUCCAACAAAUGCACCUUGGAAGGAAGGACAUUAUAUGUACAUAUUGUAAAUAGUUUAACUCCUUAGAAUAACGUAUUGUUUGGCCUCGUAUCUAACUUGGUAUAUUUUAAAACUAGCUAAUGUACAAAUACAGUCUUUUGCAACUGAUCAAGAGAUUCAUCGAAUUGGGGAACCUCAGGAAGCUUAAUCGGAGAAUAUCCUGUCCUCGGGAAUCCUGUUAUACCUGCAGUUCCGGGUGUUUACUUUCGUUGUCGUAAUCCGCGCUUAAAAGGGACUCUGAUAGCUCCUUCCGAGCCCUUUGCACUACCCACAACAUGAGUACAACGCCACAAACGACCUUCAAAAAAUAAAAGAUACCAAAUUAGAACGUA